AUGAAGAUGAAUUUCCUAGUCGUUUUGUUGUUCUUCAACAUAUUUAUGUACAAUUCCAAUGAAAUUGUUGCUACAUUGACUCCCAAGUCUCCGAAAAACAUAAAAGAGACCAAAACAAAAAUUGAAAAAGUAAAGUUGGGCCCUCAAAAUUAUACCGUUUUUAAUAAAAACCUUUUGAGUGAGUACCCUACAGCAAAAGAAAUAAUCACUAAUUACAAUGGUUUUUUCAAAGAAGUUGAUGAAUAUAGUUUCCCCGGACUUGCUUUGGGAUAUGUGACUCCAUGGAACAAUCAUGGAUAUGAUGUAGCAAAAAUAUUUGGUAAUAAAUUCACUCACAUCAGCCCUGUAUGGCUGCAAAUUAAGCGAAAAGGUGCAGAGAAAUAUGAUAUAAAUGGUGUACAUGAUAUUGAUGAAGGGUGGAUGGUUGCAGUACGAAAUGCUGGCAGAGAAAGAAAACUCAAGAUGGUUCCUAGAAUGAUAUUUGAUCAGUGGACACAUCAGGACUAUGCAAUGCUUUUGUCAAGCAAAAAUGAAAUUAGGGCUCUUACCGAUGCACUUAUUGAGACUGCCAACAAAUACAAGUUUGAUGGUUAUGUGUUAGAACUCUGGUCUCAAGUUGCUGGUGCUGUACAAUUUGAUCCAUUGGUCAACUUGGUAAGAGAAAUAGCCGACAGCCUGGGCGAAGAAAGCUUGGAUACAAUUCUGGUGAUACCUCCAAAGCGUGGAAAAGAAGAGUUGUUCACAGACGAACAUUUCGAUGCUUUAUACGACUACGUGACGGCUUUCUCAUUAAUGACUUACGAUUUCUCCGAUCCGAGAAUGCCAGGCCCGAACGCCCCUUUGCCGUGGGUUUCUGACUGCAUCGCGUCUUUAACAGCGGACGAGAGCAAACGCAAGAAGAUUCUGACUGGCCUCAACUUUUACGGUAACGAUUACACUAUGAACGGCGGUGGUCCGAUAGUGGCUCACGAAUACAUCGACAGGCUGAAUAUUUUCAACGGGAAACUGCAAUACGACCCGCAAGUUGCAGAACAUUUCUUUGAGUACAAGGAUAGUAACGGUAAAAAGCACUUGGUGUUUUAUCCCACUCUACAUUCUAUCCAGAAGAGAUUAAACUUGGCCAAGGAACUGAACACUGGCAUAUCAAUUUGGGAGCUGGGCCAAGGUUUGGAUUAUUUCUAUGAUUUGUUAUGA